AUGAUUUGGAGAGAUCAUAGUUUGUUUGGUGUUAUAAAGCAAUUAAGUGAGAAAGGAGCAGAAGAGACUAUGAAAUUGGAGGCCUGCAACUCUGGAAUAUGGCAACCAGAUCCAAUGCCCAGAAAGCAUGGAUAUACGAACAAUACCUCAGAGAAAAAGACGACCAGAACUGCCCUCCACAUAUGA